AUGGCUUCAGAUAAUUACGCCGAAAUAUGCGACCAGAUAUAUGCCCGAAUAAUGAAAAGGCUGGAGGACUCUUACCUCAAUGGGACUCGUGUUGCUCGUUUUGCUCCGAUCGGAACCGCCGAAGAGGUGCUCAAGCCGGAGAUUCUAUACCGUUUCUUUCGCAGUCUUCAGUUGCCUCAGAUUCGAGUGGAUACUUUGGUGCAGAGGUUAGAUCAAAGGAAGCUUCACAAGUUUCUGGCUAUUCUUAUCUUUACCUCGUGUACCAUAGCGACCGCUCGAACAUUCACCAUCAAGCUCUUAGCCCCUACGGACACGGAGUGGCCCCAAAGUCUCAGUAUCCUACCAGCAGAUCGUGAAUCUCUUGAAUCGAUUUUUGGGGAACCAGUCACACCUGACAAAAUCUUGUCGACACAGGCAUGCUUCUGUCCUAUAAUGAUUUGCAAAAAAAAGAAUGAUCACAUUGAGAGCUUGGAGCGCGAAUGUCUUCCAUAUCUGGAGCAGGAACUUCGAGGAAAAGGAGCUUUUGGUAUGGUAUAUCGAGUGAAGAUUGCCCAGCGUCACUUCUUUUCUCCCAAUCUGGGUUCAGCAAACUCGGAUCCUAUUGAUGUCGCGCGCAAAGACUUCCACAACAGGGAGGACACCGAGCUGGACGUUUUGCAACAGAUUCUAGCUUGUAAGAGACCAUCUCCCAAUAUCAUCGAAAUCUACGGGAGUCUCGAGAUCGGCUCCGUGGGGUGUAGCAUUUUCAUGCCUCUUGCCAUUGAGGACCUCCGGGCUCAUAUGAAGGAUGAUACGCGACCAAGACCAGGGGCCACCGAAAGAACCGAUAUGAUCCUUGCCGCUGCAGGGGUCGCUGAGGGCUUAGAAUUUCUCCAUAACAACAUGGAGAAGCCUCUCGGUGGGAAAUUGGUUUGUUACCACAUGGACCUCAAACCAGACAAUAUCUUGAUCUUCCCGGAAAGGAUCGAUGAAAAUGGGAAGCUGAUUUAUAUUUGGAAGAUCAGCGAUUUCGGCAUGUCUCAUAUCAGACAUCAAGAAGAUGAGGCUGAAUCACACGAGAACGUCUUUACAAGAUUGUUUCUCGAGAAGCGCGUGGUCGAAUCUCUCGCCGGAGCUUCUAACAUGCGUUUAGAAGGCACAUAUUUGGCUCCUGAAUCACUUCUUCCGGGGAAAACCAUGAAGACUUCCAGCGAUGUCUGGUCACUGGGCUGUAUCAUCAGUGUGCUAUUUACAUACUUGGUGGAGGGCACAGCUGGGGUGGCCAAAUAUGAAGAGAUCAGGUCCAGUCAUCGCAAUGCAAACGGUCGCGAUCGCUUUUUUGUUGCAAAUACGACCUUUGGACAUCCAAAGAUCAAUUCAAAGAUCGGACUGUACCAUGACCUUUUGGUAAAAAAAGCUAGUCAACAAAUUCCACAGGAGGGGCAAGCCUUGAGAUCUAUAUUGACUUACCUUGAGCGACACAUUCUUCUUUUGGAUCAGAAAAAACGGCAUCCCGCAAAGCAAUUGAAGAAAGAGCUAGAAAGCACUCACCAUGCAUACAAGGAACUGGAUAACACACCCAGAGCGCAUCCAAAUGAUGAACAACACCGAUUUAGCGCGCUGUUGCAGGAUAUUCGCAUUACCGAAUCAAUGGGCAAUCAGAAAGAGGCUUCCAAGAAGGCUGACACUUGGUUCUUCAAGCCUAAGGAAGCUUUCAAAGACUGUGACAUAUCUCCGGAUGGAUCUAUUAUCGCAUUCUGGAAUGAUUUCACAAUCUGGCUUUACACCCAGUCCUGUGAGCGUAUUGUGGGCCAGGACCUAUACCCGGUUGCUGAGUUCCUUUUGGAUAAGAAUAGCGAACCUCGACGCUUCUUGAAAAGUCUGAGCUUGACAGAUAAGUACUUGAUAGUCUCCCUGUCGGGCAACGAUUUCCAGUGCAACGUCUUUGAUUUACGACGGGAUAAACGAAGAAACAAGUCGGCAAAUAUCAAUUUGAAACAUUAUCAGCGGGUCUCGCUUCAUCUCCCCGAGAUAAAGGAGGUGGCUAUUUCAUCUGGAGGUCAAAUCAUGGCGUUUAUUGUGCGUGACAAAGAAAGAGAUGAUAACCCAGGCUCACUGUACAUUGGCAACGUCGGAUCCCCCAAUGAUUGGAAGCUAGUAUCGAAACUGAGAUGGCCCGCGUCGGACGUCAUUCAACUUUCAUUCUCCCCUGAGGAUGACAUCUAUAUUGUCUUCAGACCACAACGAGCCGACCAAGCCCAUAACUAUAAGAUUCCUGUUCUUCAUGCAUGCCUAGCAGAGAAGAAUAUGUACCCUCUCAUCAUUGAGCCACGGCACUGUUGGCCUCUUUACCGCACUCGCUCCACUCUCACGGCGUCCUGGAGUCUGUGUAAUUGUCACUCGGGAAAAACAGCUGCAUAUACAAAGCCUCAGAGAGCCCAACAAAGCCCCCCUGUCAAUCAGAAAAGCAUAAGUAUCACCAAUUAUCGAGUGAUCAAGUUGAUUUCGGGACUAAAUCACAAGGUCAUGUUUGCUGUUGGGAGAAAAUUGGGAGAUCUAAGAAUAAUUUUGCUUGAGAUCACGAUCAAUAUCCCAAUGCCACAAGCUGAUAAUACCGAUAUUUCAGCUGCGGAUAUUUCAGUCAAGGAAGUUGCCAUACUCCCAAAUCUAUCCUAUCAUAGCGAGUUCACUGCCAGGGUUUUCCUUGAUCAAGGGAAUAGCUACUUCCUUCUUGCUGCUCUUCUCGAUUCUAAUGCUUGUGGUAUAUACAAAGUCUGUCUGGAUGGUGCUAGCUCAAGUUCUCCCCAGGGAGACACAACAUGA